AUGAGUAGUGGGGAUGAAAAGUCUGCUAGGUUGCUUAUGAGGGGGCUUGCUACUUUUUCUGCUGCAUCUGGAUUAGUUGCUAAUAAUGGAAAGUCCAAUGUCUAUUUUUGCAACACCAGUGAGGAUGUAAAGGUUAACAUCAUCAGACAUUCUGGCUUUAAGGAAGGUGAUUUGCCUUUCAGAUAUCUUGGUGUGAAUGUGAAUGCUAAGAAGCUGUCUAAUGAUGACUGUCAGAUUCUUAUAGAUAAAAUUGUUGCUAGAAUCAGGCUUUGGGGUGGUAGGACAAUAAAAGUCUUGGAAGGGGUUAUGGCUGUCUACAGGAACUAUAUUUGGGAUGGUAAAGUUGUUUAUAGCAGGGCUCCCCCUAUUUCUUGGGAUAUUAUCUGCAGGUCAAAGAGGGAGGGUGGUCUGGGAGUGCAGGAUUGCAUUACUUGGAAUAUUGCUGCCAUGGGAAAAUAUGUUUGGGACAUAGCAAAUAAGAAUGAUAGUCUCUGGCUCAGGUGGGUGAAUCACCAUUAUAUCAAGGGCAGGAAUUAG